CCAACACAGUUCUGUUCAACAGGGGAACUGAAAGUAUUUCAAGCUAAUCGUCAUUUUGAAGACGGAGGAUAAAAUAGAGGCAGUAAAAGAAGAAAUAAAAUGUAAUAAAAGGACGGAGUAAGUAGCCUGUGUGCAGUGGGAUGGAGAAGAUAGAAGCUAAAGGGUGUUUACAGUGUUCCAGUCUCCUGAGAUAGCACUGUUUCUAAAAUGAGUCUCUCAGAGGAGCCAGAGAGCAAAGGUGGAAUGCUCAAUACUGACAGAAAGAGGGUCCAGGUCGAAAGAGCAGGGUCACCUGUACCCAGCUGUCUGUCUAUGAAGAGUGAUCGGUCAAUGGAUCCUCCACUCAAGUUCGGAAGAGAGUUCACAGGUGAUCAAAGGGUUCAGGUAGAAAGAGCAGGGUCACCUGUACCCAGCUGUCUGUCUAUGAAGAGUGAUCAGUCAAUGGAUCCUCCACUCAAGUUCGGAAGGGAGUUCACUGGUGAUCAAAGGGUCCAGGUCGAAAGAGCAGGGUCACCUGUGCCCAGCUGUCUUUCUAUGAAGAGUGAUCAUUCAAUGACUGAACCAAAGAACUUCCGAGGAGAGUUCACAGGUGAUCAAAGGGUCCAGGUCGAAAGAGCAGGGUCACCUGUGCCCAGCUGUCUUUCUAUGAAGAGUGAUCAUUCAAUGACUGAACCAAAGAACUUCCGAGGAGAGUUCACAGGUGAUCAAAGGAUCCCGCAGUCAUUGGAGUCCAGCUCUUUAGAAAAGGAGAGUUCAGAGAAAUUAUCUUCCCAUAAACAGGCGGGACUAGGGCCGGGUCCUCAACACCACAUCCUGAGGAACAUGAAGCAGGAGGAUCUUGCUGACUCACUGGAGAUAGAGCAGCACACUGAAUCCAUUAAAAGAGCCCAGCAGGCGCUGAAAACUCAUCUGAAGAAGAAGUUUGAAUACAUAUUUGAAGGUUUAGCAACGCAGGGCCACUCAACCCUCCUCAAUGAGAUCUAUACAGAGCUCUACAUCACAGAGGGGGGAAGUGGGGGGGUCAAUAAUGAGCACGAGGUCAGACAGAUUGAGACAGCAUCCAAGCGACAAACCACCCAAGAGACUAAAAUCCUUUGCAAUGACAUCUUUAAGCCUUCACCUGGACAAGAGAAACACAUCAGAACUGUGCUUACAAAGGGCAUCGCUGGAAUUGGGAAAACUGUCUCUGUGCAGAAGUUCAUUCUGGACUGGGCAGAAGGAAAAGCCAAUCAGGACGUUGAUUUCAUCUUCACUCUUCCUUUCCGAGAUCUGAAUCUGAAGAAGAAAAGAGCAUUCAGUCUGAUGCAACUUCUGCAGCACUACUUUCCACAACUGAAAGAGAUCAAAAGUGUUGGAGGUGAUGAAGUCAAAGUUGUGUUCAUCUUUGAUGGUCUGGAUGAGUGUCGACUUCCUCUAUGUUUCAAACGCAAUACAAUUUGCUGUGAUAUAACAAAGUCAUCAUCAGUGGAUGUGCUGCUGACCAACCUCAUUAAGGGGAAUCUGCUUCCCUCUGCUCUCCUCUGGAUCACCUCCCGACCUGCAGCAGCCAAUCAGAUCCCUCCUGAGUGCAUCCACCAGGUGACAGAGAUACGAGGGUUCAAUGACACACAGAAGGAGGAGUACUUCAGAAAGAGAAUCAGAGAUCAGAACAAGGCCAGCAGAAUUAUCUCACACGUACAGUCAUCCAGGAGUCUCUACAUCAUGUGUCACAUACCAAUCUUCUGCUGGAUUUCUGCUACUGUUCUGGAGACAAUGUUGGGUAAAGUAAAGAGUGGAGAUCUGCCCAAAACUCUGACUGAAAUGUACACACACUUCCUGCUCAUUCAGACUAAUGUGAAGAAUCUGAAGUAUCUUGGCUCUGAUGAAACAAACCCAAAGAUGUCAGCAUCAGAUACAGAAAUCAUUCUGAAACUGGGGCAGCUGGCUUUUCUGCAGCUGGAAGAGGGCAAUCUGAUAUUCUAUGAAGAGGACCUGAAAGACAGUGGCAUUGAUGUCAGUGAAGCUUCAGUGUACUCUGGGGUGUGCACAGAGAUCUUUAAAGAGGAGUGUGGGUUGGAUCAGGAGAAGGUCUACUGCUUUGUGCAUCUGAGCAUUCAGGAGUAUCUGGCCGCCUUGUUUGUGUUUCAUUCAUGUGUAAAUGAGAACAGAAAUGUGCUUGGAGCAGAAUCAAGUCCUCACAGUGAUCUAGUGCAGCUGUCUCAGUUACACAGGAGUGCAGUGGAUCAGGCCUUAGAGAGUAAGAAUGGACACCUGGACCUUUUCCUCAGAUUCCUUCUUGGCCUCUCUCUGGACUGCAUUCAGACCCUCUUAGGAGGACUACUGACACCAACAGGAAGAACAUCUGAUGGAGGAAGAUGGAAAACAAAACUCGUUCAGAGACUACAUACAGAAAGCAGAUCAGGGAGCAUCAAGAAAACAGUCCAGUACAUUAAGGAGAAGAUCAAAUGUGAAUCUUCAGUAGAGAGGACCCUCAAUCUGUUCCACUGUCUGAAUGAACUGAAUGACAACUCUCUUGUGGAGGAAAUCCAUAAUUCCCUGAGAUCAGGAAAACUUUCUGAUAAAAAGCUGGAAUCCCACCAAUGUUCAGCUCUGGCCUUUGUGUUCCUGAUGUCAGAGGAGAUCCUGGAUGAGUUUGACUCUCGGACCUACAACACAUCAACAGAAGGUCGUCAGAGACUGGUACCAGUAGUCAGGAACUGCAGGAAGGCCAUACUGAACAGCUGUGACCUAACAGAGGAGUCCUGUGAAAUUGUGGCCUCAGCUCUCCAGUCAUUAAACUCACCCCUGAGAGAUCUGGACCUCAGCAACAAUAACCUGGGAGAUUCAGGAGUUGAGCUGCUCUGUGGUGGACUGAUGAGCCCAAACUGUAGACUACAGAGACUGGGGCUGGGUUGGUGUAAUCUCACAGAGGGCUGCUGUCUUGUUCUGGCCUCAGUCCUGCGUUCUCCUCACUCAGAGCUGAGAGAUCUGGAGCUCAGAGACAACGAGCUGCAGGAUUCAGGAGUGAGAUUGCUCUCUGCUGGACUGGAGGACCCACACUGUAAACUGCAGAGACUGGGGCUGUCAGGCUGUAGAGUCACACAGAGAGGCUGUGAUUCUCUGGCUUCAGCUCUGUGUUCAAACCCCUCACACCUGAGAAAGCUGGACCUCAGAUACAAUCACCCAGGAGACUCAGGAGUGAGAGCGCUGUCUGCUGCUAAACUGGACACACUCACACUGCUUGUGGAACAUGGAGGAGAGAACAGGAUCAAACCAGGACCUAGGAAAUACGGCUGUCGGCUCACACUGGAUCCAAACACAGCGCACAGUUUGCUGUCUCUGUCUGAGGGGAACAGGAAGGUGACACACACACCAGGGAGAGAGAAGCCAUGUAUAUUUGAGUCUGAGGCCCAGGUUCUGUGCAGAGAGAGUGUGUGUGAGCGCUGUUACUGGGAGGCUGAGUGCAGUGUGCCUGUGGAGAGCUGGGUUUGUAUAUCAGUGACAUAUAAAGGAGUCAGCAUGAAAGGAUUUGGUGAUGACUGGCAGUUUGGAUGGAAUACAAACUCCUGGAGUCUGGAGUGCGACAAACACGGGUACUCUGUCUGUCACAAUAAUAAACACACAACCCUACCUGCCUGUCCCUCUCCCUACCGCAGAGCAGGAGUGUGUGGUGAUGGUGCCGGUACAGGAGUGUGUGUGUACAGGGUAGGAGUGUGUGUGGACCGUCUGGCUGGCACUCUGUCCUUCUACAGCGUCUCUGACUCUGACAUCCUGACCCCACUGCACACAUUCCACACACACUUCACUCAACACACACCCCUCUGUGCUGGGUUUGAAGUGGGGCGGGGCUCCUUCGUGUCUUUCUGUGAACUGGAGUAGACAUACAUACACACACACACACACUCCUGCUCUGUGCUGGAUUUGGAGUGUGGGGCUCCUCUGUCCCUCUGCCAACUGGAGAACACACAUACACACACACACCUCCACCCCACACAUGCACACAAAUACUGAAACACCCACAUAAACACAUACACAAAUGCCACCACCACACACACCCAGAGAGAGUAUGCAGAGAGAGUGUGUGUGAGCGCUGUUACUGGGAGGCUGAAUGCAGUGUGUCUGAGGGGGGAGGGGGUUAUAUAGCAGUGACAUAUAAAGGAAUCGGCAGGAAAGGAGGGGAUGAUGACUGUAGGUUUGGAUUGAAUAAAAGCUCCUGGAGUCUGGAGUACAAUAAACAGAUUCUCUGUCUGUCACAAUAAGAACCGCAUACACUUACCUGUCCCUUGAGCAAGGCCCACUGCUCCAGGGGAGGAUUAUCUCCUGCUUAGUCUAAUCAACUGUACGUCGCUCUAGAUAAGAGCAUCUGCCAAAUGCCAAUAAUGUGAUUUUUGUAUAUAUUUUUGUAUAAAAUCCUAUUGUAUAUAGCCAUGGUGUAUUUAUGUGCAGUACUGUGCAGAAGUCUUGGGCACCUGUAUAACAUUCUGUACAGAUAAGAUUCAUUAAAACAAUAAUUCAAUGAAAGGUCCUAAAUAAACGUACUAUACAUUUUACAUUACAUUUUAGUCAUUUGGCAGAAUUGUUGAAAACUGAAUCAAAUUAUUUUUUUGUUACCACCCUUCAGUAUUAAAACUGCAUCACUUCUCUGGCCAACGCUGUCCUGCAGUUCUAUAAGACAGUCAGUAGGGAGGUUGUUCCAAGCAUGUUGGAGAACUUGCGACAGUUAUUCUGUUUGGUUGGCUUUUUUAAAAUUAAAUACAAAAAUGUCUCUGGAA